AUGCAGCGAAAAUGUCUUUCAAAAACAAUUGCCCCUACACGGUCUGGCCAGCAACCCAAACCUCCGGGAAAAAAACCUCAAUUAUCAACCACAGGGUUCAAGUUAGCACCCCAUGCUAGGUUCAAGCUACACACUCCGGAGCCAUGGAACGGCCGCUUCUGGGCCCGAACUGGAUGCUCCAUGGACGCCUAUGGAAAGUUCGUCUGUGCCACCGCAGACUGUGCCUCCGGUAAGGUCAAGUGCAACGGUAACGGUCCUAUUCCGCCGGCAACUUUAGCAGAAUUCAAUAUUCCAGCAGGCGGAGGAAAAGAUUUCUACGACGUUAGUCUUGUUGACGGCUUUAACUUGCCCAUGUCUGUGAAUCCACAAGGCGGUACCGGCGACUGCAAGACGGCUAGUUGCCCAAAGAACGUGAACAAAGUUUGUCCGAGAGAGCUGCAAAAGAAAGGGGCCAAUGGGAAAGUGGUUGCCUGCUUGAGCGCAUGUGUCGCAUUCAAAAAGCCAAAGUACUGUUGCACUCCGCCUCAAAACACUCCAGAGACAUGCCCACCGACAAAGUACUCUAAGAUAUUCAGUCACGCAUGCCCCAACGCUUACAGCUAUGCUUAUGAUGACAAAAAGGGUACAUUUACAUGCAAAGGUGGACCUAACUACGUCAUUACUUUCUGUCCAUGA